AUGCAUCAGAUUUAUUAUUAUUAUAGGUCACGGCGUGCAGGCAGAAGAUCCCGUAUUAGUGGCCCGUCAAGUGGAGUCUCUCAUGCUUCACUUGAUGAAUAUUUACGUUCUCUUCCAGCAGGAGAUUGGUCUGGCAAUGAUCACCGUCGUCAUUCUUCACUGGCUACUCGAGUCUGUUUCCAGAAUGUCAACGGAUCACCAGAAAAUGGCAAUGACCCCAAGCAGCAACAGAUCAACUCCUGGCUGAAGGAAGAACGAGUGGGAAUUGCUUUGUUGGCAGAAGCCAAGACGUUCUGGCCUUCUAUCAACGAAGGUCAUGGUUGGAGUGACAGACUCCGCCAAGCUACGAUGAAGUCCGAGCAGAAAGGGUUUUACUUGUCGAUAGCUUACAAUCGGCAUCAGGACAGAUCUGCUGCCACCUCAGCGGUACAAUGGGGCGGGUGCAUUGCAACUGUUUUGAACCAAGUGGCGCACAGGGCUAAGGAAGCUGGCAGAGACCCCACAAGUUUAGGACGAUGGGCCUAUGUUUGUCUCCAGGGAAGGAAGUUGAAAGCCCACGGGGGUAAUGUCCAGGACUCUUUGCUCGGCUGCCUCCAACCCCCGCUUCUUCCAUGA